GGAAGCCUCCUCGGGUGUUCCGCCCUCCCCGCAGGCGGCGUGCGGCUGCAUAGCCUGAGAAUCCCGGUGGUGAGCGGGGAUGGCGGUUGUAGCGGCGGCUGCCGGCUGGCUACUCAGGCUCAGGGCGGCAGGGGCUGAGGGGCACUGGCGUCGGCUCCCUGGCGCGGGGCUGGCGCGGGGCUUUCUGCACCCCGCCGCGACUGUCGAGGAUGCGGCCCAGAGGCGGCAGGUGGCUCAUUUUACUUUCCAGCCAGAUCCGGAGCCCCGGGAGUACGGGCAAACUCAGAAAAUGAAUCUUUUCCAGUCAGUAACAAGUGCCUUGGAUAACUCAUUGGCCAAAGAUCCUACUGCAGUAAUAUUUGGUGAAGAUGUUGCCUUUGGUGGAGUCUUUAGAUGCACUGUUGGCUUGCGAGACAAAUAUGGAAAAGAUAGAGUUUUUAAUACCCCAUUGUGUGAACAAGGAAUUGUUGGAUUUGGAAUCGGAAUUGCGGUCACUGGAGCUACUGCCAUUGCGGAAAUUCAGUUCGCAGAUUAUAUUUUCCCUGCAUUUGAUCAGAUUGUUAAUGAAGCUGCCAAGUAUCGCUAUCGCUCUGGGGAUCUUUUUAACUGUGGAAGCCUCACUAUCCGGUCCCCUUGGGGCUGUGUUGGUCAUGGGGCUCUCUAUCAUUCUCAGAGUCCUGAAGCAUUUUUUGCCCAUUGCCCAGGAAUCAAGGUGGUUAUACCCAGAAGCCCUUUCCAGGCCAAAGGACUUCUUUUGUCAUGCAUAGAGGAUAAAAAUCCUUGUAUAUUUUUUGAACCUAAAAUACUUUACAGGGCAGCAGCGGAAGAAGUCCCUAUAGAACCAUACAACAUCCCACUGUCCCAGGCCGAAGUCAUACAGGAAGGGAGUGAUGUUACUCUAGUUGCCUGGGGCACUCAGGUUCAUGUGAUCCGAGAGGUAGCUUCCAUGGCAAAAGAAAAGCUUGGAGUGUCUUGUGAAGUCAUUGAUCUGAGGACUAUAAUACCUUGGGAUGUGGACACAAUUUGUAAGUCUGUGAUCAAAACAGGGCGACUGCUAAUCAGUCACGAGGCUCCCUUGACAGGCGGCUUUGCAUCGGAAAUCAGCUCUACAGUUCAGCAACUGGAAGACACUGGUGACUGAUGAAAACAGAAGGGUGGCCAGGAAGCCAGACAACAUUUAGACUGGAGGAAUGUUUCUUGAACCUAGAGGCUCCUAUAUCAAGAGUAUGUGGUUAUGACACACCAUUUCCUCACAUUUUUGAACCAUUCUACAUCCCAGACAAAUGGAAGUGUUAUGAUGCCCUUCGAAAAAUGAUCAACUAUUGACCAUAUAGGUAGGUAUGCAUCUUGAGAAAGCUACUAUGUGCCCCUGACAUUAACGUACUGUUAACCAAGACACAGCAAUCAUCAGUGUUUUGUAUUUUGGUAAAAGGCAACUUUCAGAAGAAAAUAAUGUGCUUUAGAAAAAAAAUUCAAAUUUAUAGUAGUAUAUUUACAUUUUUGUUGUUGUUGUUGUUCUGAGAUGGAGUCUCACUCUGUCGCCCAGGCUAGACUGCAGUGGUGCAAUCUCAGCUCACUGCAACCUCCCCCCUACCCCCGAGUUCAAGCGAUUCUCCUGCCUCAGCCUGCUGAGUAGUUGGGAUUACAGGCGCCCACCACCAUGCCCAGCUAAUUUUUGUGUUUUUAUUGGAGGUGGGGUUUCACUAUGUUGGCUCAGCUGAUUUCAAAUUCCUGACCUCAAGUGAUCCACCUGCCUUAGCCUCCCAAAGUGCUGAGAUUACAGGCAUGAGCCUCUGCACCUGGCUAUAUUUACAUUUAAUAGAAACAUAUCUAGCAUAUGUAUAUGUGAAUUUUUUUUUUUUUUUUUUUUUGAGACCGAGUCUCACUCUGUCACCAGGCUGGAGUGCAGUGGUGCGAUCUUGGCUCAUGGCAACCUCCGCUUCCCAGGUUCAAGCGAUUGUCCUGCCUCAGUCUCCUGAGUAGCUGGGACUACAGGUGUGCACCAACAUGCCCAGCUAAUUUUUUAUAUUUUUAGUAGAGGCGGGGUUUCACCAUGUUGGCCAGGAUGGUCUCGAUCUCUUGACCUUGUGUUCCACCCGCCUUGGCCUCCCAAAGUGCUGGAAUUACAGGCAUGAGCCACCGCGCCUGGCCUGUAUAUGUGAUUUCUAAAAAAUAGAUGCAUGCAUAUGUUAACAUUGAAUAGUCAAUCACUAGAUGAAGAUGCUCUCUACCAUGGUUUAGAUUGCAAGUAUACUUUAUACCAUUGUUUCAACUUCAACCUUUAUUUUUGUAUAUAUUUUUUCAACUACUUAAACUGUUCAUGAAUAGGCAUACUUUCUGUAUUUAAAAAUGGCCCCUCAAGCACCGUUAAUUUACAUUCCAGUUAUUUACAUGAUAAUUCAUGACAUUCUGAAACUUGCCUGUAUAUUAUCUGAAAAAUGGAUUUCUUGAGCAAAAGAUCUGUUUAUUGUAUGUAAGGAAAAAUUUUACCUGAAAACAAACAAACAAACCCCAAAACCCAGCACCACUACCAUUUCCAGAAGCUUUUCUAGCAAGUGAAUAUUUUUUACAUAAUGGAUAAUAAAUGGUAUUUAUUCAUUAUGAUUUUCUAAGUAAUGCUUAUCAGCCCCUUCAGUGGUGUUAUUCUAACAAAAUGAAUACAUUACAAAUUAUUAAGUUAGCUUUUCAGAGUUUUAAUAUAGAAGUUACUAUCACUGACACACUGAUUUUGAAAUGUUUCAAAAUGAGUAGAUAUGAUUAGAUCCUUUACCUUUUAAUAUCUAGUUUUUCCAAAAAUGAUAGUAAUAUCUUUUGAAGAACCAUGCUUUUUCAAAAGCAAAAUCAACUCUGUAUAAUAGCACAUUCUCUACUUUUUAAAGAUCAGAAAUGCUAGAAUUCUUGACUUUUGUGUAUGGGUAGUAAAUCUAGCUCACCGAAAAUCAGAGUGAAACGCCUUUACAUUUGUGCGGAUAGAGAAGUUAACUCUCCCUCAUAUGUCACUGUGCUACCAUAAUCCCUACAUUUUCUGUCUGUUCUAGUCUAAGAAUAUUGUUAUAGAUGGAAGUUAGGACCAUUAGCCCACAGAUGCGUGUAUUCUCUCAGACAUACCGGUGUAGAUGCUAUAUUUCUGAUGUCUUCUUAACGUCUGUGAAAGCAACUGGCAUCUACAAUAAAUCACACUUAGAAUUGGUUAGAGGACUCCCUCACUUUUGUUGUCCAUGUGGUUCCCUUCCAUGGACCAGCCGUAAUAAAGAGCCAAGGUAAUGAUGGUGGCCACGUGCCUCGUUGCUAUUUUUAAAGUAAUAUUCAGAUGUGGUUUUAAAUUUAGAUUAUGUAUUCCUUUUGAAACAUAAGAAAAACAUUUAAACCUAUGCUGAAAAUACGAUAAAAGAAAAACAACUCCAAUAUGCUAAAAGUUAAAUAUGGUAUUUAAGAAAAUAGUCAUGUAUGCAAUUGAGAAUGUCUAUAAUUUAUUUUACAGAAAAGCUGGAAGAUUUUGACUAGAUAUGGAAAUAUUUUUUUCUGAAUUUUUUUUUAUAUUUCCUCCGACUUACCUCUUUUUGAAAAGAGAGUUUUUAUUAAGUGAACCAUCAUGAUAUUGGCUGAAAAGUUCUACAUUCUAUUAUUAUAUUGUAACACACAUGUAUUGAUGAUUUUCAUUAAGAGUUUCAGAUUAACUUUGAAAAAUAUUCCACAUGGUAAUCUUAUAAAUUCUGUUUAAUUACAUCCGUAAAUAUUAUGUGUGUGAUAGUAUUCAAUAAAGUAAAAUCAAAUUGUC